AGAACAAUCGAAAAACAAAAAAAAUCAAUAAGAACAAUCGAAAUAAAUCUUAUAAGAUAGUUUCUCUUUGAAUCCUUCUCAAUCCUCACAAAACUUAAACCUAAACCUAAUCCAAAAAAGAGAGAACUCACUCUCGUGAAAUAUUCUGAUCUAUACUAAAUUAUAUAAUUCAGUCAUCAAUCGAGCAAAGUCAGAAGUGUGAUGAUGUCCAAAGACGCUCCCGAAGUGGCAACACAUAGUAAGAGGAGGAAGAAAGAGGACGGCGAAAGUCAGAAGUGUGAUGAUGUCCAAAGACGCUCCCGAAGUGGCAACACAUAAUAAGAGGAGGAAGAAAGAGGCAUCUUCGUCGUCAUCGUCAAGGUUUCUACAUUCUUUGCCAGAAGCGGUGGCUAUAAGUUGCUUAGCCUGCGUAUCAAGAUUGGACCAUGCAGCCUUAUCUCUCGUCUCCAAGACCUGCCGGUCAAUGGUUCUUUCGUCCGAGCUCUACCAGACACGAUCGUUGACGGGUUACGCUGAGAAAUUCCUCUAUGUAUGCUUCUGCAUGCCUACUGACGAAACUCCUCGUUUGUUCAUCUUCCGCCCAACUAAAGAUGCUGCCAUCAGGAACAAUGUGAAUCUAGCUCACGGUGCUCACCCGAUCCCCUCGUUCCCCAGUCAACAACGGAAAGGAUCUUCCGUGGUGGCGUUGGAUAGGGGGAUCUAUGUCAUCGUUGGAUGGGUUAAUGGCAAUCGCUUGUCCCGUGUCUUGCUGUUCGUUUGUCGGUUUCACAAGUGGCACCACGUGACUUCCAUGAGAGUGCCUCGUGUUUCCCCCGAGGUCCGCGUGGUGGAUGGAAAGAUAUACGUGUGGGGAAGCUGCAUGUACAAACAUUACUCCAACUGGGGAGAAGUAUUCGACCCAAAUACACAAACUUGGGCUGAUAUGCCAAUUUCAAAGCCAGUGGUGGAGGAGAAGAUUUACGUGGUGAAUUCAUGGGAUGAUGGAAGCUUUUACUACUUGCCGAGCCAGAGUAAAUGGGAAACAGGGAAUCAAGAUUCAAAGCGUAGCAAGGAUUGGUGUCUAAUAGAUAAGUUGAUAUACAGUUAUGGUAACGACGGGGGUAUAUAUUGGUGUGAGGCAGGGGAGUUAGAUUGGUGUGAUGCAGUGAAGAUUGAUUGGAGGGAGGUGUUGGGUUUGGAGUUUUUGUCAAUGGCGCUCCGUGAAUCGAGAGUGGUACACUUUGGUGGGAAAAUGGUAAAAGUGUGGGAGUCCUAUAAGAUCAUGUACAAUAUCAGCAAAAACCUUGAAGAAUUACUUCCCGAGACCAUAUUGACCAACUUGAUCAACCUUGGUAAGAAUGUUUUGGUCUUUUGGGAAAAGCUCGAACGUGGUGGUGAUUACAUGAGCAUGGAGAUUUGGUGUGCGGAGAUUUCGUUGGAAAAGUGGGAAGGAGGCCAGAUUUGGGGCAGGUGUGAUUGGUGCCAUCCUAUCCUCGCAAUCGAUCUUCUCACGGUUGAUCCUCUCUUCUGCCACUUUAAGGUCUUGUAUUCUAUCCCUGUUGACGUUUGAAAACUUGGAUUUUCUUGUACUUUAAGAAUUAUUUUUAUAUAUGAUUCAUAAAAUCACACUUCUAACAAGAAGUUGUUCAGGGCACUAGCUAUGUUUCUAU